AUGACUCUCAAACCUUUGAACGUCACAGACGUUGAGAGGGAUGGAUCUUUCCUUUCCCCCAGCCGUUACGACGAUGAUGCCUCAUCGCUACACAGUCGAAGUGACCAGGAUACUGAUAGCGAGGAUGACGAAAUACUAGCUGCCGCACGAAAUAGCAAGGAGUUACGCGCACGCGAUCGCAUGGUAUUGAUGGAGGAGGAAGAAUUGGAUAAGCUAAUAAUCGAUUCGAGGGCCCGAAAGGAACGAGAAAGGAGAGGGAGCAGUCUUCAGAGACGGGGGAGCAAUAUUGCGCUACCGAACCCGAUACGCUUACUGAGAAGUUAUAAUAAUACUCGAUCGACGAGUGCGAUAGAUGAUAACGAGAGUUCGGUUGAAGAUUUACACCAUGAGAAAAGGAAGAACAGACGGACACGAAGGAAGGAAAAGAAGCAUCGCUUACUCAAGGAAGCGCGCGACGGCGAGGAUGGACAACUCAUGUAUGAGAUGGAGCAAGGGGGACUUAAGGACGGGAGCUCUACCGGCGAUAGUAGUGAGCGAGAGGAUAGCGACGAACUAGAUCGCAAGCGCUUAAUAGGAGUAUCUGACGCCAAGGCUGCAAGGACGAAAAAGUGGAAGAAAUGGCUACUCAUACAUGCUACUAUCAUAGUUGGUGUCGCGUUUCUGACCCUCGUUAUUUGGAAGCUUUCUAUGGGCAAGAAAGCAGCUACUCUUCCUCCUCAGUUGGUUAGCAAUGGUACAGCUUUGUUCUUACCGACUACCCUCAUUAUCAGUUUGGAUGGGUUCAGGGCAGAUUUUCUAACUCGGGGUCUGACGCCAAGGUUGAAUGCUUUCAUCAAAGAAGGCGUGUCGCCACUCUAUAUGACCCCGUCGUUCCCGUCUGUGACAUUCCCUAAUCAUUAUACCCUUGCGACUGGCUUAUACCCAGAAUCCCAUGGUGUAGUUGGCAACACGUUCUGGGAUCCGGCCUUAGAGUCCGAGUUCUAUUAUACAGACCCUGAUAGGAGUCUUGACGCCAAAUGGUGGGGCGGUGAACCCUUUUGGGUGACUGCCGAGGAACAGGGUGUUCGCACCGCUGUGCAUAUGUGGCCAGGAAGUGAAGCUCACGUCCUAGGCAAGGAUCCGAGCUUUUUGGACAAGUACAAUGGUAAGGAGAAACUACCUAAAAAGGUCGACCGAAUCCUCGAGUUUCUCGAUAAGCCGGGCGUGGAGAACCCAGAUGCGGAUCCCACGGACAUAAGGCCGCAAAUCAUAGCCGCGUAUGUUCCUAAUGUUGAUGCCGAUGGUCAUCGCUUUGGCCCGAACAGUACUGAGAUACGAUCGACUAUCAACGAAGUUGAUACAAUGCUUGAUCAGCUCUUCCAUGGGUUGGAGGCAAGAAAUCUUACUGACAUUGUAAAUGUCAUUAUCGUGUCCGACCAUGGCAUGGCUACCACGGAUAUUAGCCGGAUGAUACAAAUCGAGGACCUAGUGGACCUAGAUAAAGUCGAGCACCUCGACGGAUGGCCCCUAGUUGGCAUUAGGCCUAAGAAUCUAGACGACCUGCAGCUGCUGUACGAACAAGCUGCCGAAAAGGCCAAAUCCAACCCCAACUUCGAUGUGUACCUGAGAGAUAAGAACAUGCCGGAGCGGUAUCACUUCAGCAAUAAUGACCGCAUUGCGCCGCUGUGGAUCGUUCCAAAGACCGGGUGGGCGAUUGUUAAGCGGGAGGAAUUUGACAUUACGGACGCAAAAGCGAAGAAUCUUGUUUACCACCCCAGAGGUCUACACGGUUACGACCAUGAGCAUCCUCUGAUGAGAGCCAUUUUCGUCGCCCGUGGGCCUGCUUUCCCACAUCAACCCCACAGCAAAGUGGAGGUGUUCCAAAAUAUCAACGUGUACAAUAUCCUCUGCGACUCCAUCGGUAUGCAGGCCAUGCCGAAUAACGGGACACUACAUCUACCCCUGAAAAUCGUCGGCCUUCAUGACCCGGAGACGGUCCUCGAGGAACCAGCUGAUCCUGUUAAGCUCGAGACAGCUUCUACUACCGAGGCAACUUCUACCGUAGAUGUUGCAACGGAAGCAACGUCUAUUCUCCCGGCAGAAACUAGCUCUGAGGUUGGUCAGCCUUCUGCAACGGUCGGUGUAGAUCCUAUACCCGAACCCGUUGGUGAUAAGCCACAGGAGGAAACUCCUCCGUCGAGUGAAGAUAACAAGGACGAAGCCGACGACUCCGCCUGGUGGGAGAAUGCCUGGGACUGGGUGAAGGAUAAAUUCGACGGACUGGUUGAUGCGGUUAACAGAAUCGGCGAAUAG